AUGUUCUAUAUCAUAGGACUGGGACUUUGCGAUGAGAAAGACAUAACCGUUCGCGGACUCGAAGCCGUAAAGGGUUCCUCCCGAGUAUACUUGGAAGCCUACACGAGCAUCCUGAUGGUGCAGAAAGACCGGUUGGAAGCAUUCUACGGCAAGGGGCUGAUCCUCGCCGACCGCGACAUGGUGGAGACGGAGAGCGACGAGAUCCUGCGCGAUGCGGACCAAGCGGACGUGUCUUUGCUGGUCGUUGGGGAUCCGUUCGGCGCGACGACGCACACGGACAUGCUACUCCGCGCACGCGCCCUGAAGAUCCCUACAAGAGUCAUCCAUAACGCUUCGAUCAUGAACGCGGUCGGGGCGUGUGGUCUCCAGUUGUACAAUUUCGGGCAGACGGUUUCACUCGUGUUCUUCACGGAAACAUGGAGGCCAGACAGCUUCUACGAUCGCAUAAGAGAGAACGUCGACUUGGGCAUGCACACGCUCGUGCUGCUCGAUAUCAAAGUCAAGGAACAGAGCGAAGAGAACCUGGCGCGAAAGAUAUACGAGCCGCCCCGAUACAUGUCCAUCCCGCAAGCCGUGUCUCAACUCAUCGAAGUCGAAGAAAAACGUCAGGCUGGCAUUCUAUCCCCGGAAACCACCCUAGCGGUUGCAGUCUCGCGCGUCGGUGGUGGACCGGGGAACGAGCGCAUCGUCGCUGGCACAUUGUCUGAGCUUAGCGCACAGCCCGCAGAGGCCUUUGGGGAGCCGCUGCAUAGCCUGGUUAUCGUCGGGAAGCGGGUGCAUCCGCUGGAAAUCGAGUAUGCGCAGGAGUUCGCGGUGAGUAGGGAGAGCUGGCGCAAUGUAGCGACCAAAAUAUAUGCAUGUAAUUUAGACUAA